UGCACGUCUGUUCCCUCCUAAAUUCUAAACCAAAUGUUCUAAUAUGAAAUAAAUAGUGAUGUUUAGAAGAUAGCCGUGGUCGUCAUCAGUCUUUGUCCUACGCGAUGGUCGGAUAUACAAAGAAAGACAGCACUGGCGACAAAAGAACUUAACAAGACAAGGACAAGGAGUUUGUUUUACAACUUAAAUUGUCAUAAUAAAUUUUCAAAUAGUGAAAUCACAAAUACAAUCGAAAAUGAUUUUUUAACAGCAAAAUUUUAUUUGUUUAGAAAAUGGGAACAAUUUAUAGUAAAGAUACGAGGCGCAUCAGCUUUGACAACACAUUUUCUUUGAACAAUGCAUUGGUUGUUCAAAAAUCUAUUGAAGACGACAAUGUUUUAGAUCUCAACGAAAUAGCUGCGGUAACGGAAAAACACGACGAUUUACUUUUUCCGGAUACUGAAAAACCUAUGGAAAUUGAGAAAGAAGAUUUGGAAGUCGAUUAUUGGGCUAACAGAAUAGAUUAUCUUAAAAAAGAACAUAGAUUGAUAAAUAAAAUUAUUGAAACUGAAUAUGAAAAAACUUUGGAAAACACGAACAAACUACUUGAACCCCCCGUGGCAUCGCCUGAAACGUAUGAUAAAGUAAAACCUUGUUUUGAAUGGCGUGCCAAGGCGCCCGACAUAAAUGAUUUCACUAUCAUAAAACCUAUCAGUCGUGGAGCUUUCGGCAAGGUGUUUCUUGCGCAUAAGAAGAGCAAUAAAGAACAGAUGUAUGCUAUCAAAGUGAUGAAGAAGUCUGAUAUGAUUAACAAAAACAUGGUGACCCAAGUGGUGACAGAGAGGAAUGCUCUGGCCUUAUCAAGGAGCCCAUUUUGUGUGCACCUCUUCUACUCAUUGCAGUCUGUAUCUUCUGUUUACUUGGUAAUGGAAUACAUGGUGGGAGGUGAUCUGAAAUCAUUACUGGGGGUGUAUGGGUUCUUAGAAGAGUCCAUGGCAGUGUUCUAUGUAGCUGAGGUGACCUUGGCACUGGACUAUCUGCACAAACAUAAUAUAGUCCACAGAGACUUGAAGCCAGAUAACAUGUUGAUAUCCAAGACGGGCCAUGUGAAACUCACUGAUUUUGGCCUGUCUACAAUUGAGAUACAUAGAGAUUUAGAAAUAUCAGACUUUGUGAACCGCACCCCAAGUUUAAACUUGAGGACUCCUGGGCAGCUUCUGUCCCUCACAUCACAUCUGUCAUUUGGGUCAGGAGGUAGGGAUACCACUGCCAAUUCCGAUAGCUCUAUGGAACCCUGUGAGAACCUCCUUGAUGAGCUUAUUGAGACUACGAAAUUGUACUCCCCUACAAUGGAUAAUUCACAUAUGUCAGGUAUUCAUCCUUUUAUGAGUGCUGAAAGCAUCAAUUUGGAGAAUGUGUCUCAAGACUCUGGUUCUGAAUCACUAAGUUCAUAUCACACAUGUGAAAGUUCUAAAAAUAGUACUUCAUCAAAGAGCAACAAGUCUACUGAUGUCAGUGAAAAUGGAUCCUCACUGGAGGAGUCUGCUGUAUUGACAGACUCGCAACACGACCAGUCCACAUCACCUCUAUGCAGAGGUCAUUCUUUGAAAAGAAUACCAAGUUUUAGAGCUAAGAAAAGGAAGAGAAUACUGGAUAAUGAUGGAGACACACCAACCGGUAUAACUAGUCUAGCAGAAUCUAAAGAAAACCACAGCGGGCUCACUCAAGAGAUAUUGGCUUUAGAACUCAGUCAGAAUACUCCAAAACGCAUGUCGUUGCACCCUACACCCGAUCGACGGAAGAAUCCUAUUAAAGGAGUGUUAAAAAAGAGGUGGGCCUCUCAAGAUGACAGCCACCACUUUAAUGUAGGCGUCAUAUUCUCCACGCCGGUUUCGAACAAGAAGUCGCCAGAAACAAAGAGAACACUUAAGGAAACACGUUUCAACCUGCCAAAGGAUGACGCGCCGUUGUCUGGCGCCAAAACCAAAGAGAAGACGAUCAUGUUCAGCAAACAUAUAUCAACGAGUUUGGAGAUAUUCCCAACAAGGAGAAUGAGCAAGGAAGGAAAUAAAUCUCCAACAGAUCUAUGUAAAACGCCCCUAGCGACGGCGCAGACGCCUUACCGGACGCCUAAAAGCGUGAGGCGAGGAAACCAAAUCUCUGAUCAGAGGAUUCUGGGCACCCCUGACUACUUGGCUCCAGAACUUUUGUUAAGACAGGGUCAUGGCGCUCCGGUGGAUUGGUGGGCUCUGGGUGUAUGCCUCUAUGAAUUCAUGACAGGUGUACCACCGUUCAAUGAUGAAACACCCCAAGCUGUCUUCAAAAAUAUACUGUCUAGAAAUAUUGAAUGGCCCGAAGCCGAAGAAGCGUUGUCCUCGGAGGCGGUGGGUGCCAUCGAGGCACUCCUCACUAUGGAGCCGAAGGACCGCCCGGCGGCGUUAGACGUGCGCAAGAUGCCUCUCUUCAGGAACGUCAACUGGGAGAACCAGCUGAAUACCGAACCACCUUUCGUGCCUACGCCGGACGACUUACACGACACUGGAUAUUUUCAAGCUCGAAACAUUCUGCAGCAUCUACACGUGUCCAACUUCGACAUGUGAUGUGAUGGCAUCCACUGCAGCCACAGGAGAUAAAACAAUUCAACUAAGCAGAUAAUAUGUGAUAUACUCGAAUUAUGUUGUAGUCCAAUUGUAAUCAAGUAAGUAUUAUAUUAAUAUUUUUGUAUAUUCAUGUACCUAUAUGUAUUUACAAUGAUGUACUAUGUAGUAAAUUGAAGACUGAAUCAAGGGCUUCGUGAUCGUUUUUAAGGCUUAUUUGUUAUUUAGUAUUGUGAUUUUAUUACUACAUAUUAACCACUGUUCAUAUAGUAUAGUCACGUGUUGUUUGUAUUUAUAAGGGAUUUUAAUUAAACAAUUAAUAAUAAUUUUAUGCCAUUGGCUUA